UUUUGUCCAGAUAUCCAAUAAAAGAGCGAAGUGAGGUGGCCAAGGCACAAGAUAUCUACAUGUCAUGUGCAGAUAUUUUUUCCGGAUCAUGGACUCAACAUAGAUCAGGCGGUGGAGGUGAGGAUGAAGAUGAUGAUAUUGUUGUUGGAGAUGAGUUUGUAUCUGCCAUGGAUCCAAUUUUACUUUCACGUAUGGAACAUCCUGCUCGAGGUAUAUAUUGUACCCAUGCGGCCUGCUUCGAUGCCAGCAUCUUCUAUAGUCUGGUGGCUAGAAUGAAGGCCUGGAAAUGUCCCCACUGUUUUAUUCAAAUUAAAGGAAUUCAGGAACUCUACAUUGAUUACGCUAUGAAGAGAGCAUUGAUGAAAUACCAAGACAGCGAUAGAUUGGUACUGUGUGGCGGAGAGUACUUUGCAGAUGUUAAUAUCUCAAUCUCCAAAACCAGUGACACUAUUGCAAAUCAUGAUUCAUCAGACAGUGAAGAUGAGGAACGUCCUUCAAAGAAGUCAAGGCGGGCAAGUGUAAUUACUGUCUAAGGAUCUAUAUUCAUGUUUAUAUCUUCAAGUCAAAUAAUAAUAAUUAUAAUAAAAAAAAACAUAUAUAAUAUAUGUAAUGCCUAAAGAAAGGAGAUCUGUUUGUAAAUUUUUAGAUGGUCCUGGCGCGGGGUCUGUGACACAAAGAUGUAGAAAUUCGAAUAUCUUUC